AUGGGCUUGCUUGAGGCUUUAAUCACUAAUUGCCCUCUACUAAAUGAACUAUGCUUGAUAAACAUGUUUGAUUUUAGCGGUCUUAAGGUUUGUUCCCCAAGUCUAGUUAACUUCAAUUUUGAUGGAGAACACAUAGAUCUUUCUUUUGAAAAUGUUCCGUUAUUAGCUACAUUGUCCGUCUCCUUCAUUGAGAAGAUUGACAAGUAUUAUGCAUACCCUGAAGUAGUUUGUAAAUUAUUUAGAAUCGUUAACCAUCUUCCCAGUAUUAAGAAGAUUGUACUCCGCAAAGAAGCAUUCAAGGUCUGGACAUAUGGUGAGUUGCCCAUCCAGGUUCCUUUCGCAUAUCAGCUAAAGCAUUUUCAUGCAACUAUAAACAUCAAGAACAUACAAGAAAUGCAUACCAUAGUUCUUGUGUUCAGAAGCUGCCUUUUGUUAGUCACUCUUGAGUUAGAGGCAUAUAUUCUCAAGAAUUUAGACGACGGAACAUCCAUUGAGAAAUUUUGGGAUGCACAGCAAGGUUGA